AUGUCCACACCAUCUGCUAUAUACUCAAACCCAUCCACUACAAAACAUUUCACAAUAAACAAAACAGACAAACAUACAACAAAUGGGAAAACAACAGGUCCAAGUCAAUUUGUAUUGGAUGCAGGUAUAAUAGAUAAAGAUCAACCUUCAACCCCAAAUCAAACUUAUUUAGGUGAUUUAAGAUCUCAAGUUACAACAUUACAAGAUGAUUUAAAUGAAUUCUUAACAGAACGUAUGCAAAGGGAAAAUAGUAUUGGGAAGGAAGAAGAAUGGGAAAAGACAUUGUUGGAUGGUGGAGAGUAA